AUGCAUUACUUCAAUUUUAAUACCAUAUUGAUUGCUACAAACAAUUUCUCUGAUGAUAAUAAGCUUGGAGAAGGUGGUUUCGGCCCAGUUUACAAGGGAAAGUUGAUUAAUGGAAAGGAAAUAGCAGUUAAAAGGCUUUCAAUGAAAUCUAAACAAGGUCUCGAAGAGUGUAAGAAUGAAGUGAUUUUAAUUGCAAAACUACAACACAAAAAUCUUGUAAGGCUCUUGGGAUGCUGCUCAGAAAGAGAUGAACAACUUCUAGUCUACGAAUACAUGGCUAACACUAGUUUGGAUGCCUUCUUGUUUGAUCCAAACAAAUGCAAGGAACUAGAUUGGGCAAAACGCACAAACAUUGUCAACGGGAUUGCUAAGGGCCUUCAAUAUCUACACGAGGACUCUCGGCUCAAAAUUAUCCAUAGGGAUAUGAAAGCGAGUAAUGUACUGCUAGAUGAUGAUUUGAACCCAAAAAUUUCAGAUUUUGGCAUAGCUAGAAAUUUUAAGAGCAAUCAAAUAGAAGACAACACUAUUAGAAUUGUGGGCACAUAUGGAUAUAUGGCGCCAGAGUAUGCAUUGGAGGGACUAUUUUCAAUAAAGUCUGAUGUCUAUAGCUUUGGAAUUUUAAGGCUAGAAAUUGCAAGUGGAAAAAAGAAUAGCCAUGGCUUCUAUCAUCUAGAACGUGCACAAAGCUUUUUGUCAUAUGUAUGGCAACUAUGGAACGAAGGAAAAGGAAUGGAAUUGAUAGAUCAGACCAUAGUUGAUACAUGCCCUAUAAGUGAGGUCCUGAGAUUGAUCCAUAUCGCAUUGUUAUGUGUUCAAGAAGAUCCAAAUGAUAGACCUACCAUGUCAAGGGGCAUACUCAUGCUUGCCGGCAAAUCUAUACAUCUUCCUCAACCAUCAGCACCUCCAAUUUCUGUAGGAAGGCUAAUGAUAUGUGAUCAAUUUUCAACAAUUGGCACCUGA